GAGUCUCUUGUUGUUCCUCCUCUCGUCUUUCUUCUUCGCCAGCGUUUGCUCACCGUCAAAGCACUAUCCAUACCGUCUAGCGUUGCCGACUAGGCAAAGGGUUCGACCUUACAGUGAGAGGCGUAGCGUAGAGAUCUGCAGAUAUCGCGCACACGCACACCAACGACACCAACAACCACACUCGCCAAAGUUCCCACAGCAGCAUGCGAGUAGUGUGGAUCCAGCCGCGCUGGCUACUGAUAAGUACGCUAGUGAUGGGCAUCAGUUGUCGCGUAUUAACGACGACCGCAUUCCGGGAUAUGUCCGUACCGCCGCGACCUCGUUCGUGGUCACGAUUGGCGGCCGACCAGACCAUCCGGAUUGCGGGUCAGGGAUUCGGGGACGGCCAAGCACCCGCAAAAACGUACGGUCAGGAAGCUUCGUUGCCGAUCCGGGACAUGACGGAUACGCACGAGGCCAUGUCCGCCUUCUUUGCCUCUCGUGAAGAGUGGCUCCCGCUCUUCCGGACCAUGGCGACCGACGCGACGUGCGAGGCUCGCACCUUUCUCGGGAAGCAGCCGCUAGAAACGGAAUCGGACGAGGCGACCGUGUCGUCGGCAUCGACCCCUUGGCGCACGCUGCCGGCCAUUCCCGACGAUCCUCAAGAUAAGUCCUACUUGGCGGAGUUCUUGGACGCCAUGCACCAAUCACUACUCGCCAUUCCGACGACAGAGUCGCGGGGCGAAGAAGAAGACGAGAACGAUGUACAGUUUUUGGAAGAAGGGCGUCGCAUGCUCGCGAUUAAUCGCUUCCACGUUCUUCGGGAAGACCUCGACGGUUCCGUGGAGAGUUACGAUGCCCUCUUUUCCACCUGCUGGAGUGAAGUGCGUCACCUCAGUGCGAGUGAGGAAGAGCACACGGGGUCGAUCAUUCUGGUGCCGGGAUACCAACUUCCCGAACUCCGACGCUUUACCGAUAUGAAUCUACUGCGUCCGCUGGAAUGGCUAGGCGUCAGUGCCGACUUUGAAGUUGUUUCUAUGCAACGAGGCAGUCCCGCGAUUCGACUGCUUUACAAAUUGAACGACAUGCCCGAAGAUCACGACACCGAAGAACAAGGAGAGGACUAACGGUAAGCAUCAUGACCAUAAAGACUAUCUUCUAGACUAACCGUAAGCUCCGUGAUUCACCUUUGC